AUGUUAGUUGAAGCUGACGUGUUACGUCUAGUACAGGAUUUCUUCUGGUACAGUAAAGUCAAUUUGAAAGACACAGAACAACAACCGACCGCGGUGGGGCAAGCUGUAGCUGACGACUUGCAACCAAGCAACGUAACCGAACACGAGGCCUUGUCACCGGAGCUGGGCGAACUGGAAGCCAAACACGAAACAGACGACACCAGUUCUGAAGACAGCGAAGAUGAAAAGGUGUUUGAACAGGAGGAUAAUGAAGAGACAAGUGACUCGAAGGAUGCUGAAUUUACUGAACCAGUCAAACGUUCGACUGAAGCCACCGUAACCCCUGCUCUUUUGACCGAACUGAACAAAUUUCAAAUGCCGAUUACAGAAAAGAUUAUUGAGGGCGCAACAGACAAGAGGCAAUCUUUCAAACAAGAUGUUACGGUAAUUCUGAACCUUUUGGAACAGCUACUCGUUAAAUUGGAUGUACCCCCGUUGAACUGGAAUACUUACCACUAUAUUACUGCGCUGAAAGGUCCGGACGGCAGCAUUUAUUUACCAAAACAUCAUCAACAAAGUACGAGAAAGCAUUUGGCAACAUUGCUAGGUACUGAAGGAGAAGCACCACACGCGACAUCGAAGGCCUCAGAAUCGUCUGAUGAAGUGCGGCAAACGGGUACGACGGUACUGACUAAAGAAACAUCAUCAGCCACCCAGCCAUUGUUGACGAAGAAUCCACAAGUUCCAGAACACACAAUCAGUGCGACACAAAAUCAGACAGAACCACAAACAGAAACUGAUUCGAUUCUUGAGAGAGCUCCUGAGAACAGUGAAGAAGAGGAGGUAAUGGAAACAGACGAGCACGAACAACCAAUUGAGCAUUCCGUAUCCACGGAAGCAGUCACAGAUGAUGAAUACGAAGAGCCGAACUUGGAUAAUUCACAACCGACUGAAGAGUCAACAGAGAAUACUUAUGAAUUCGAAAUGGAGGUUUGA